AUGUUGGGCAGGCAGAGCCAGCAGAAGGUUCGGAAAGGGACGAAAAGCUGCACCGAGUGCAGACGACGUAAGGUUCGGUGCAUUCGGACGUCCGAGGAGACGCCGACUUGUCGACGCUGCGAAGAACGAGGCUCAGCGUGUGUUGCCCAGACAUACAGUCUCCAACAGCCCCAGCGACUUCCAUCGCGGUAUCGCAUAUCCCAGCUCGAAUCAAAGGUCGCCAAUCUAACCAAAUUUAUUCAUGAUGUUGAAGCGAAAUUCGGGAAUCAACCUGCUCAAACCUCCGGAUCAACUGCAGGGCGGGGUUUAGAAUCGGACGACCUCGGUGAUGACUCCAGUGGCUCAGAUAUAGACGCCUCACACCAGCCGGCGCAUAUACGGUCUCUGUUUCAAAAUGACUGGCUGAGCGUGGAUGCGCAUCGGCAACUGGAUCAGCCUCAGGAUCGCAGGGUAAAGGUUCCUACCCAUCUCUUCAACCUAGCGAGACAGGCGCUGCAGAAGUUGAUACCACCCAAAGAUGAAGUUUUAGGAAUUGUAAGAUCCGCGUCCGAGUGGCUUCCUAUCUUGCACAACCUGUUUCCGCAGCCCGGGGCCGCCACAUGCCAGCAGGAACUCUUUGAAAGGUUUGAUGAAAUGUGCAGUCCUGAUGUAGAUGCCAUAAGCCUUGCUACAUGGCUACUCACUGUCGCUCUUACGGGCCAACAGAGCCCACAAGAGGACAUCAGUCCUCAUGUCCAGCACAGAAGAUCUCAGGAAUGGUCCAAGUUCUGUCGGGCUGUUUCUAAUGCUGUAGAAAACAACAUCAUGUCUCAUGACAGGUUGGUGGGUACCAUUCCUGGGCUUGGGAUGGCCAUGCACUUCUGUCGACUUCAAAUCAGUCAAGGGAACUUUCAGAAGGUAUGGGUGCGACUGCGACAUACUAUCGCAAUUGCAGAGGUCAUGGGGCUGCAUAAGGCAUGGCAAUCCACACAAACAAGUCGGACUGCUGGAGCAGAAAGCUACGAAACACAACUUCACAAAGCCCAGUUGUGGGAAUCGUUGACUGCUGCAAACGGAUUGCUUGGAAUGAUCAUCAAUCUUCCCCCGGAAACUCGACGAUAUCCACAAGACAAGACGCAGGCGCUCGUAGUCGAGGGAGUCGUCCAACCUCGCGUGUAUCUGAGCAAAUUGACAGACAUCGUUGCGAAGAUUCAACACUUGGAGGAUCUCAACAUGACACCGGAAUCAAAACCUGAGUUCUACUCUUCUACGUUCGGGCUCAUUGGUGAGCUCAAAGCGCUGAUGUCCCAGACACCAAAGUCCUGGUGGACCUCCGAAAGGGAUCGAAUAAAACCAGACCAUAUAGUGCAAUUUAUACACAACAGUAUCAUGGUGAGAGCUCAUUUGCCCUUCGUCAUGAAACACGACUUAGGCGAGGAGUGUUUCUACAGCCGCUUGGCUUGUAUGGAUGCAUGUGAGUCCGUGACAGAGCUUUAUCAAUUUCUUCGUGGAACUCUUCCGCCAGGGAUCUUCAUGACUCGACCCGUCGAUUUGCUGGUUUUCAUUGCGACUGUCGUUCUGCUUCUCAUAACGUAUAGCUCUUCGCCUACAAAUCGAUUCAAUACUUAUGUGAAUAAGGCUAAGACUGACAGUAUAGUCAAACAAGUGACUGAAAUUAUGACCAGGCGGUCUAACGACCUCACAAGCGCUGGUUUCACCGAAAACUGUGUCACCACCAUCAAUUCCCUACAUAAGCUGCUCCAGCAAGAUAACACUCCUAGAUUCCAGGACUUGGUAUUGAAGGUCCCGCUCCUUGGAAAAGUACACGUCCGACGCAACGUCCGUCCAGCAGAUGUAUCCGGAGCCAACACUCUUUCCCGAAAACAAGCAGAGCCAGAAACACAUAGGGCGGGCGAGCAGUCCAACUCUCAACGUGGACAACAGGUUUUCAACACGAAUCCUUCUACCAUGGGUUCUUCACAGACACCGAGAGACUGGCAGUGGGAUUCUCUGACAUGGACUGUUGAAGAAACCCACGAAAAUUUCUUCCAAGAUGCUCUAAUGGCGGAGGUUUUCGAUCCAUUUGCUAUGUGGCCGGAGAUGUAUGAGCAGCCAUUCAACAGUUAA